CGAAAAGGUACUUCCACCUCUGAUUCCAACUUGCUGUUAACGCGUCCUAAUUAUCGCGUAUUCAGCAACUACAAUGGGGACUAAACACCUUACAGAAGCGGAUCGCCAACGAAUUCGAACCCUAUAUUUCGACGGUGGGAAAUCGAAAGCCGAAAUUCACACUACUACAACGUUUUCUCUUAAUCAUAUUCAGACAGCUAUGAAGGUCCCUUCAAGCCAGGUAGCGAAGAGUUGGCGCGUGCCUAGGUGGGGCACGGUACAAACACGCAAUAGAAAACUUACCCAUGAUACCAUAGUACAUCAUGGACGGUGACUGCGGAAAGCGAUUUCCCGACACCUGGGGCUUGUCGUGGAAUGAGAUCUUGAAUAAAAAGUG